UCGUCCCGUUAGUCUAGAUAAUAUACUUGCUCGACUUGGUUGUGAUCUGAAUUUCGACAACACAGUGUGUACGACGCUACGCACAAAAACUAACACCGCGGGAUUACGGAUUAAGAACUCUCUCUCCACUUACUCUCCACUCCAGUGCCAGUCCCAAAUGUGUUGAUACGCGCAGCAGUGUAUAGUGAGACUUUCUUCCGUAGGCGAUGACCAAUCUGUGUAUACAGUAAAAUGCCGGACAGAGUGCCCAGCACAGUACUUCUCCGCUCGAUGCAACGAAUUUUGAUAAUGCCAACGAACCAAUCAAGGCGGCAGUAGAGUUUAUCAGUCCCAAUGAAUGGAAACAAUGGACAUUAAAGACGGAAAGCGUAAAACUCUUGCUUCGAUCGGUUGCCGUUGCCAGUGCUUGUCGGGAUAUAGUUCAAGCAGGAUCACGCCUCGGACUGUACGGGUCGCGCAUUUACUUCGAUUUACGUGAUAAAGACAGUGGAUUAAGUGUUGCAGUGCUUACAGUAAAAGUGCACUUUACACAAGUGGCUCCAACUAUCAGUCAUCGUCACAUACAGUAGACUUGUUUCUACAACCGGCAGACGGCUCGCGAUACGAUGAGCAGCUUUGUGGUGAACAAUGUGGCCGGUGAAUCCGGUCGUAAGCUGCCACAGUAUAUCGCCGGUUUGGCGGCCUCCGGAGGAGCUCUGGCGGCUGGUACAUUCCUGGGAUGGACUUCGCCAGCGGAAAUUCCCCUGGUUACGAAGCAGGAGUAUGGGUUCCCCAUCACCAGCGAGGAGUUUUCCUGGAUCGGAUCUAUGGCUAAUUUGGGGGCGGCACUGAUGUGCUUCCCCAUUGGUGUCAUGAUGAAGCUGAUGGGACGCAAGUGGGCCAUGCUGUCGAUGGUGUUGCCACUGCUGCUCGGUUGGUUGCUGAUUAUCUUUGCCGAUAAUGUCGCCAUGCUGAUGGCGGGUCGUUUCUUCCUCGGUGUCGGCGGUGGUGCUUUCUGUGUGGCUGCCCCAACGUACACGGCCGAAAUUGCCCAGUCAUCGAUUCGAGGAACGCUCGGAACAUUCUUCCAACUGCUGGUGACAAUUGGUAUUCUGUUCGUGUAUGCCGUCGGUGCCGGCGUUAGUGUGCAAGUGCUCAGCAUCAUCUGCGGUGUCAUUCCGCUUGUUUUCGGGCUUAUUUUCUUUUUCAUGCCUGAGAGUCCGUACUACUUUGUGGAAAAAGCUCGUUACGAUGAUGCAUCAAAAUCGUUGAAGUGGCUUCGCGGCAGCCGUUACGACGAGCGCGCGGAAAUCGAAGAACUCAAAGCCGAGGAGGCCAAAAUGCAAGCGGAAAAAAUUACCUUCACCCAAGGCUUUCGUCAGAAGACCACCAUUCGAGCGUUAAUCAUUGCUCUUGGGCUGAUGUUCUUCCAGCAGAUGUCCGGUAUCAAUGCUGUCAUUUUCUACACCAACUCUAUCUUCGAUGAUGCUAACACCGGUUUGGAGGCUACCCAUGCGACGAUCAUCGUUGGUUCCAUUCAGGUCGCGGCUACUUUACUGGCAACUUUCAUCGUGGACAAAACUGGCCGUCGAAUUCUACUGCUAAUCUCGGAUUUCUGUAUGGCGAUCUCCACUAUUCUGCUUGCCGUCUACUUCCAGCUGAAGGAAGAUGAUCCUAGCCAGGUGACGGAGCUCGGUUGGCUGCCGGUGCUGGCGGUUUGUCUCUUUAUUGCCAUGUUUUCAAUCGGAUACGGUCCAAUCCCGUGGCUGAUGGUUGGUGAACUGUUUGCCAAUAACGUCAAAGCGUAUGCCAGCCCACUGGCCGGAGUAUUCAACUGGCUGCUUGCUUUCCUGGUUACAAAGAUUUUCGAUACGCUGCGUACGAGCCUUGGCAUUGCGGGAGUCUUCUGGCUGUUUACCGGGUUCUCUCUGCUGGGAACGGUGUUUGUCUUCUUCCUGGUUCCGGAAACAAAAGGCAUCUCUCUAGCGGAAAUUCAACGACUGCUGGGUGGCGAGAAAGUCAAUACUACGGAAGAUGCCCCAGAAGAGGAGAAGCGGGAAGCGCAAUGAUUUUGCUGUCCCAGACUGAUGACCAGGUAGGAUUUGUAAAUAUUUUGUCAGCAGGAUACAAAAGAUUGAAAUUCCACUAGCAAUGUUUGAACGAAGGAUUUCAGCGAGAUCUUCUGCUCAUCUUACCACUAACAGAACAGCAAAGUUUUAACUGUGCUGAACAAAGCAACUAUUAUAGCUAUUUAGCAAUCUACAAAACGCAUCACGGUUUACGAUGAAAUGAGACAGUACUGAAACGUAUUUAAACGCAUCACAUCUCUAUCGUGUUAUGUAAUAUUAUAUUAUCUAUUACUUAUUUAAGAUACAAGCUCACUUUUCGUUCUUGAUUUGUGAAUGCCGGCAUAUCCUUACAAAGUUUAGAAAGUGGUUGAAAAAAAAGAACAAAAUUUUUCAAAUUA